ACUGGCUCUUUCCAGCCUCCAUAGAAGGCUACAUCAACCAACUGCAAUGGCUUAUGAGGCGCAUGCGCACAAAGUGAAGUAGGAAGCUGGAGAGGAUUAGCAGCUGAGCAGCUGCUCGACAAGCCAAGUUUAACAUACAGAUCCCGGAAACAAACGCGCUCAUCUGAAAUGGAAUAUUAACGACUAAACGGAGAAUCUGGUUUAGUCUGAGGCAGGUCCGCACCGACAACAGUGUCACCAUGAUGUCGGAGUUCGAACCCACGGAGGCGGAGAGCGGCUUGCCCGUGCCGUACACCGUGGCGACGACAGCGGUGCCCGAGCCGGCGCCGAGCGGCCGUUCUCCGGACGCUUCCGCCACGCUCUUCGACAGCAGCCGGGUGGGGCUCGGGCUUGGGCUCGCGGCCAGCCCCGGGGGCGCAGUGCGCAUGUCGGACUCCCGCGAAAGCGUUCUGACCGAGCUGGAAAUGGAGGGCUCCGGGGAAGAGGCGCUGCUCCUGCCCUGCUUAGCUGGAAGCUCGUCCCCGAAAGACAAGCGGAACCGGCGGAACAGACACAGCUCGUCCUCCGAUAAAGACGCCGUAGCCUCCCCAGGGACACACACCGGCGACUUCAACCAUUUCCCUGAAGACCCGUUGUUUGCAGACGUCAUCCAAAGGGCGGAACAAGCCAUCGAGAGCGGCGUCUGUCCUGAAAGAAUCUCCCAGGGUUCCAGUGGGAGCUAUUUUGUCAAAGACUCUAAAGGGAAAAUCAUUGGUGUGUUCAAACCAAAGUCAGAAGAACCAUAUGGUCACCUGAACCCAAAAUGGACCAAAUACUUUCAUAAGCUCUGCUGUCCAUGCUGUUUUGGCCGAGGCUGUUUGUUGCCUAACCAGGGUUACCUGUCGGAGGCCGCUGCGUCUCUGGUUGACACCAAACUGGGCCUUGGAGUUGUGCCGAAAACCAAGGUGGUGUAUUUGGCGAGUGAGACAUUCCACUACAGUGCUAUCGACAGAGCAAAGUCCAGAGGGAAGAAGUACGCCUUGGAGAAAGUUCCCAAGGUGGGACGCCGCUUCCACAGAGUGGGCCUGCCUCCAAAGGUGGGCUCCUUCCAGCUGUUCGUGGAGGGUUACCGCGAGGCCGACAACUGGCUACGGCGCUUUGAGGCCGAACCUCUGCCAGAGAACACCAGGAAGCAGCUGCAGUCCCAGUUCGAGCGGCUGGUGGUGCUGGACUACAUCAUCAGGAACACAGAUCGAGGGAAUGACAACUGGUUAAUCAAGUAUGAAAAUCCAGGAGAAGGCAGAGAGCAGCAGAAAGAGGCAGAGUGGCCAGAGAACAGCCCUGACUGCUCCAUCAAGAUCGCAGCCAUCGACAACGGCCUGGCCUUCCCCUUCAAACACCCCGACGAGUGGAGAGCUUACCCGUUCCACUGGGCGUGGCUUCCUCAGGCCAAGGUGGCCUUUUCCCAGGAAACUCGGGAGCUGGUGCUGUCUCGCCUCUCUGAUAUGAACUUCGUUCAGGACCUUUGUGAGGAUCUCUAUGAGCUCUUCAAGGCUGACAAGGGCUUCGACAAAACCAUGUUUGAGAGGCAGAUGUCUGUGAUGAGAGGACAGGUGUUGAACUUGACCCAGGCACUGAAAGAUGGGAAGAGCCCCAUCCAGUUGGUGCAGAUGCCUCGAGUGGUGGUGGAGCGUAGCCGCUCCGGCGGCCAGGGUCGAGUCGUCACUCUUGGCAACGCUUUCACGCAGACCUUCCACUGCAAGCGGCCGUUCUUUUCCUCCUGGUAGUCUGAGGAGGACCAGAGGAGAAGAACCUCCAAGCUUUUUUCUGUUGUCAGGCUUGAAGCAUCACUUAAGGAAAAAAUGGGAGAAACGUCAUCAUUUCUGUGGAUAUACUUUAUAUCUGUCCCUACGAGGCAGUAAGUUGCAGAAAAUGUGAAUCACUUGUGAGAGAAACCAGAGUUUGGGAAGAUUUCUCUCUUUGGUGCACAUCAGCUUGCCUUGGAGCUGUUUUGGCAACUUGUUGAAACGGUUGCCUUUUCCACAGAGUUGUUUUUUUUUCAUUCCUAUUUUAAAAAAAUGCUGAUUUUCAUCUUAAAUGGAAAGCAAGUGUCAAGUUUGUUGCAGUCGGCUGGUGGUUUAAAGGCCAAAGAAGCAGCUCUGAUACGACUCCUCACAUCCUUUCUGGAAGGGAACUGUCCCAUCUCGUUGGGGAAGACCUCCCCGCCCCGCACAUUUGCUUUGCCUUUUCUAGUCUCAUUUUAACACAUUGAUGUGCUCCAGAUUGAACCUAAAGAAGUCUUCAGAGCUACGUCUGCUAGCAAACGAACCCCACCAUGUUUAAACUGCCAAAUGUUUUAGUGGAAGUGACAUCGGUAAUCCUCAGAGACGGUUGAAGCUUGAGCUUUGAGGAUUGGAGAAGAAGUCGCUGCUUGAAUGUUUACAGAUUAUACACAGAUCCUUGCAUCAAAAAAUUUCAGUACUAAAGAGUUCUGUCAGAAACAGACUUUGAUGAUGAAUGUAUGUGAUGUUUGACACCUAUUAAUCUGCUGAGGAGCAGCGCUGUCCUCCAGUGCAGCGGCGAAGGGAGAACUUUGUCUUUUUCUAAACAAGGACGUUGUUCGGGUAAUUGAAAUACAGAUUUUUUUUUUUAAUGUAAACAUCACAAACUUUUUUUCAAACUCAAUGAUUGUAUCACAAAAGUUGCAUAUUUAACUGAUGAAAAAUGUAAAUAAAAUUUGAGAAAAUAGG